AUGGCACAUGCAAAAAGUCUUCAUCAUUAUGCUAAAAAAAUGAAUAGUCAAUACGUGCGCUUUGAAGUGUUUGGAUGUGAAACUGAGGAACUAACAGACUUCUGGGAAAAGACAAUUGAAAAACAAACUAAGCAUCUGCAAAUUGAAAAAGAACGUCAACAGAGAAGUGCUCUGCCAAACUAUCAUUUUCCUUUGUACUCAUCAAUGUAUUACUAUCAGCAUUCCCUUAUAUGUAUCAUUUUGUGUUUUAGGUGUCUUUUAAGCUUGGCACUAUCUUUACAAGUAAUCCAAUUUGGAAAUGGCUGUAAGGGGGAGAACUGUGAUGAUAACCCAGACCAGAAAAAUCCAAAUACUUCCUUAACCACCUUUAAUGAUAUAAAUAAUCUCAAUUCUGAGAGGAGAAGGAGGAACCUCUCUGAAGUCUUACCUUUCAUUGGGCUUACAGAUGCCAGCAAACUGAACAGAAGCUGCUGUCAGAAUGGAGGGACCUGUUUCCUGGGGAGUUUUUGCAUAUGUCCAAAACACUUUAUUGGCAGACACUGUGAACGUGAUAAACGGAUCAGUAGCUGCGGUGCCAUUGGCCAUGGUGAGUGGACCCAGGAAGGAUAUUUGUUCUGCCAAUGUGUUUAUGGGAUUCUGCACUGUUUCCCUCAAAACCAGGAAGAUGGUUGUGGUCCUACAAAGAAAAACAUACCUGCUUGGAUUCAUCUUGGAAUGAGUUCUGAAGGACCAAAACUUCAACAGACAACAGACAUCCUUAUAGUUUCAUUACUGUUUUCUCUGCUUUGUCAGCUCCUCUAA